CUCACGCUAGUGCUCGACAAAUACCUGCACUGGCCGAUCCAUGCGCGCGCGAGCAGCUCCGGUGGCGUCACCUGCGAAGAUAUCUUCAACGCGAUCUACGAAACGUUUCAGGUGCCAUUGACCGAGGCGGAGAUCGCGGAGAUCAAGCGCGACCGCGCCGUUCACGAUCGGGUCGAUCAUGCCUUCAGGCGGCGUUGCAAACGCUCUGUGCGCCUGACAGAAUACGAGAAGAGCAAGGGAUACCGGAGGGUGGACGUGCUCGGCGACAGGACGUGGUUCUUCGGAAUG